UUCAGCCUGAUGGAGUUGUUGUUGCCCAGUCUCUUUGUGCUUCAUGUGGUCUGUUUUGUCAGUGGCUAUCCCUCUGGUGCUCCCACGGGUGCCUGCGAGGACAUGUUGCCUCGCCACACAGGGGUGCAGCCUCAGCCUUCACCAGCACCCUACGCUCUUCUCACCAACACCAGGACGUUUCAGCCAGGCAAACCCAUAACUGUAACUGUCACUGGACCAGGAUACAGAGGUGUGCUUCUGGAAGCUCGAUCAGGCAGCAGCACUAACGCUCUGGGGAGCUGGCAACUUCCUCCUCCAGACACGAGGUUUCUUGAGUGCACAGGGAAUCCACAAGGUGCUGUUACUCAUGCCAACACCAAUCUGAAGGGCAACACCACUGUAUACAGAUGGAUCCCACCUAACUCAACAAGCCCUGUCUACUUCAUGGCCACAGUAGCUCAGCAGCGUGCUGUCUUCUGGGUUAAUGUGAGGUCCACCAUUCUGACCAGAGGGAAAGCAGGAGAUCUUGAUUUGGCGACAGGUGCAAGUGCUGGAGUGGCCGAAGAAAAACCUCUACUUCUCCUUGUGAUAUGUUUUCUGAUGAUACAGGUGCUGGGGUGAACACCAUAUGAAAAGAAAAUAUUCCCGGCACUCUUUCUGACUGUUACUGUGUAUCACAAAUCACAGAAACACCUUUGACUGUAUGCUUUCAAAUUAUACAUUUUCCAGACUUGUGGCCUUAAGUCAUAUCCCGUGAAUUUUAGUAAUUUUUCAGAUUUUGCUCUAAACAUGGGGCCUCAAAACAUACACAUAGAUAUUAAUGUGGCCCCUGUCCCUCCUAACAACAGACUUACAUCCGUUCACCUACCACAGGCAUAAAUUUUAGAUCAGUUUAAAAUACGUCACGCAGUCUCAUCCACAGCUUUUAUGGUGUGUGUUCUGUCAUAUUUAAUAUGCAACAAAGCAUGUGGACGUCUGCAAAGAGAGGAAGUGGGACACCUUUACUAACCUGAUCUGCUAUUUAAUGCUGCUAUCAUUUCACCACUAAAAUACACAGAAAGUUUCAGAGUCAGAUAAGACAUUAUCAUCCUGGUGAGUCACUCCCACUUCGAUAACAUUUUACAAUGAUAUUGUAUAACAAGAGGCACGAUCCUUUUCCCUUAUUUCAUGAGAUACCCACUGAAUCCCUGCAAUCCAAACUAUAACAAAAUGUGCCUCAUUGUGAACGUGCUUGUUCAUCAUGUUGUUUGUGGUUAAUGGAUUGUUAGACUUAUAUGCUCCUCACAAAUUCUUUGUAUCUAUAUUGUAUGUAUGUAUGUGUGUAUCUCUGAUGAUCAAGUUAAU